AUGAAUACUUAUGUUUAUUUAUUGUUUAUCUGUACGUUUGUAACCAAAGUUAUUUGGUGUGACACAGAAGCAAAGAUGAAAAUCUUGGGAAGUCUUACUGCCACUGGUACAAUGAAAAACUUUGCAAAGGACACCAGCAAAACAGUUAAACUUGCCACCGAGAUUAAGAAUAUGCUGAACGGAAUGUGUACGUAUAGCAAAUAUCAAAACAGUUACGAGAAGAUUCAUAAAAAGGUUCAGAAUAUCUCUACAGACAUGGAGGUGAUCAAAGAAAAACUUGACAAAAUACAGAACUUAGUCAGUAACAUUCAAUGCAAUCCAGAUGAGAUAGGAGGUUGGACUGUAAGUAUAAACUAA